GACGAGAGCAGAGUCUCUGUCGAAGUUUCUCUUGAAGUUUUUAAGAGAAAGUUGUAACUUUUUAACCAUGGCGUCUGAAAGUAACAGCGUGUCUGAUGAGAAGAUAGCAGAGGCCCUGAUCAGAGAGGUCAUUGAGGAGGAGCUGAAACACAUACCCUCAGAGGACGUCCCGUCCCUCACCCUCCCUGCUGUGGAACUAAAAAAUGAGCAGGAGGAGAAGUUUGUGGACCAGCUGGGCACAUUGGUACGCAAAAUUGGUGACAAAAUAAAGGACGACGUGGAGAUCCAAGAUGCAAUAGAUGGGCUUGCACGAGGCUUCAAGUGGGAAAGCUUUAAGCAAAUGGCAAACAAGCUGUUUGAGGACGGGAUCACCUGGGAGAGGAUUGCUGUCCUCUUCUAUGUUGCCGGCAGGUUGGCAGUCAGAAUGGUGGAGGCUCAUCUGCCUCAGUCCGUGAUGGAUAUCCUGAAGUGGACCGUGAACUUUUUCAAACAUGAUCUCUUGGGCUGGAUUCUGGGACGAGGAGGAUGGAUCUGCAGUUUCUCCGAUCUGGCGGUGGCGUCCAUGCAGACCGCGUCAUCCAUGAGCUCUCACAGAGGAGACCUUAUCAUCAUCACCUUCUUCGCCGGCAUAGCUCUCGGAUUCUUCAUCAGCUGGAGACUGACCAGAUGACUCUGAGGCGAACCUAUCUGAUGAUUGUUUUCACUCUACUUUUCUUACAAUUUCUCUGCAAAACUUGAAAGCUUGAGGGUGACACUGUGAAUGUAGCUGUGUGGCUCCUCUCUGUCCUCCUCCCUUCUUUCCUUUUUACCAUCUCUUCAUCAUGGCACUUCUGUAAAUUUUGUUUUGUGGUAAGCAAUGUUAUGCAGUACUCUUAUUUAAGUUUUUAAUUGAACGCUGCUCUGUGCUGUUUGUUUUCUGUUGGGAUAGUCAUUGCUGAAAUAAACUUGAAAUUUCAACUUCCUUGGGCAGUACUUAUUCUAAACUUGCCUGUUGCUAUGGUGCGGUUGGAAAAUGUAAAAAAAAACAGGUUGAUCCUAGUUUAUCUGUAAUGAACAUUAUAUAAUCACUAUUUUCCAUAAA